AUGUCCGCCUUCAGACCUUGGGGAAGUUCUACAUCACUUGUGCUUCCACCAGUAUCUUUACGGAGUCGAGGCGGAUGCACCCUAAGAAGUCGAGGCGGAUGCACCCUAAGAAGUCGAGGCGGAUGCACCCUAAGAAGUCGAGGCGGAUGCAGCCUAUCCUAUCCUGUAAGAAGAAUUGUACACUUGGAAGUAGGAGAAUCCACAGAAAGCAUGCAUCUCAGAAACAUCUACAAAAGAGGUGGCGCGACAUCUUUACAAGGAGAAUUGUAAGCAGAGUCUUCUCGAUAUCGGACCUAAGAAGUCCAGGUGGAUGCGCCCUACCCUAUCCUAUCAUCGAAAACUGGACAACAUAACCGAGUUAUUGACUGAAACAACAGAGUCACUACGUUGCUCUUCUUGAUUCAGUAUCUCGCUUAGUUUAAGUAGCUACUUGCUUAUUUCAGUUUUUCGAAUACGAAGAAUUCGAAUUGUACACUUGUAAGUAGAAGAGUCUCAUCUUCUUGUCGUCGUUUUCUUUCGAGAUCUGUCAGAUUGAUAUGCAAGACUUGUUUGUUUGUGAUCAUGAUUCUUCUGAACAGUAGGCACAGGGAGGUUGAAAGGCCUCAAGGACGUUAGUCAGGACGUAAAAUGAGGCAUCAUAGCAUGACAUAUUGUUGCUUGUGAGGACAAUUUUUAGGACGAGGUCUGCCUCUUCCAUGUUGCAUUUUCUGGCUCGGCAACAGUUCGAC